UGGGACGAAGCUGUCCGAGGACAUUACUUGUUGAGUAACCGGUGAGGAUUUUUAAUAAACGUCCCAUGAUUAAACAAACGCCACAGCUUCAUAAUGUUGGUUUGUAGACGGAGCCUGACCGCCACUGCGACCUCUGCUCUCCGGACUCUUCUUAGUAAUCAAGUCGAGGUUGCUGGCCACGUGCAGAGAUGCAUGUCCUCACAAACAGACGGAGAGGUCCGCAUCGCAGCGGUGCUGAAGGAGAAGUUUCCCUUAGCCUCGUCGCUCAAAGUUGUGGAUAUAUCAGGUGGUUGUGGGGCCAUGUAUGAGAUCCAUAUAGAGUCCAGUGAGUUCAAAGGAAAAAGGACUGUUCAACAACACCAGUUAGUCAAUCAGGCACUCAAGGAUGAGAUUCAAGGGAUGCACGGACUGCGAAUAUUCACUGAUGUUCCGAAACAUUAGAGAAAGUCGUUCCACUCUUGACCCCGCAGCCUUUUCCUUUGCUCAUCCUAAAUCUUAUGAAUGUACAGUUUUAAAGAUAUUGUGUAGUAAAUUAAUUCCAUGAUAAUUGUUAAUAUGCCAGUGGCAGUAUUGCAGAGGGACAAUAAGUGGGUGAAAUGUGUAAGAAAUGUAAGAUUACACUAAGUGAUCUUUUUUUUUUUUCUUGUGAGAUAUCUUCUACUCUGAGAUCAUUUAUAAAUCCAAUGAAGGCUAUAAUACGCACAAAAUGACUUGGUUAAAUGCUAAAUGUCAGGUCAUGUAGGUUCCUUCGCAAUGUGGGGUGUUCUCAGGGUUGAUAGUGAUGCUGGUGUAGUGGUAAGCAGUCGAGGAAGUAUUAAACACAACCAUCCUGAAUAUUG